GAACUGUGUUGUGUUUUGCAGGUGGUUUUGGCGUGGCUAAAAAUCUGUCUGACUGGGCUGUGAAGGGGAAGGAGUUCACGGUUCAACCCCAAGUAGAGAAGCUGAUUAAGGGGUUCCACGCUGCAGGCAAGCCCCUGGCUAUGUGCUGCAUCUCCCCUGUCCUAGCUGCUAAGGCUCUGCCGGGGUGUGAGGUCACCGUGGGACAGGACAAGGAGUGUGAGAGAUGGCCCCAUGCCCAGACGGCAACUUCCAUGAAGGAGCUGGGCUGUAAACACGUGAAUAAGAAAGUGGGGGAGGUCCACAUCGAUGUGAAGAACAAGCUGGUCACCUCCUCCGCCUUCAUGUGUAACGCUCCCAUACACGAGGUGUUUGACGGGGUGGGCGUCAUGGUUACAGAACUGCUCAAACUGGCCUAGGACACGUCUGAGAUUCAGAAUACUGAUUAGCUGUGCUUCUCAAAAGUCACCCUGUUCCCUUUAUAGUGCUGAUGUGAUCUUCUCAAAAGACACCCUGUUCCCUUUAUAGUGUUGAUGUGAUCUUCUCAAAAGACACCCUGUUCCCUUUAUAGUGUUGAUGUGAUCUUCUCAAAAGACACCCUGUUCCCUUUAUAGUGCUGAUGUGAUCUUCUCAAAAGACACCCUGUUCCCUUUAUAGUGCUGAUGUGAUCUUCUCAAAAGACACCCUGUUCCCUUUAUUGUGUUGAUGUGAUCUUCUCAAAAGACACCCUGUUCCCUUUAUAGUGUUGAUGUGAUCUUCUCAAAAGACACCCUGUUCCCUUUAUAGUGCUGAUGUGAUCUUCUCAAAAGACACCCUGUUCCCUUUAUUGUGUUGAUGUGAUCUUCUCAAAAGACGGGAAUCGGGAGCCAUUUGGGAAGUGACCUCACAAUCAUGUUUGUUGUUGUUGUUGUUGUUGUUGUUGUUUGUUUACCUGGAGACCCUCCUGAUUGGAAUGUAAUGGACAGAAGAAGCAGAAGAAGACGGUGUUUCUGUUGCUUCAUCUGUCUGACUGUGGGAUGACUUGUGUUUUUAUCAACAUUGUAAUAAAAGUCAAACCCAAAUUCUAAAAAUG